AUGUCGUUCUCUCCCGAGGUUCUCGAUAUUUCCAACCAGUCUCAGACUGAUGAGACGGCCAAGAAGUACGGCCUGACGUCCGUCGAAGUGAAGGAGCUCGAGAAGAGGGCAACCGCAGCAAAGGCCACGGCUUACUGCCCGUACAGCAAGUUCCGUGUGGGAGCUACCCUCCUCUCGAACGACGGGAAGUACACGGAUGGAGCCAAUGUCGAAAAUGCCUCGUACCCCGUUGGUACUUGUGCCGAGAGAGUAGCUUUUGGCAAGGCCAUCACUGAGGGCAUCCGGGGCUUCAAGGCUGUUGCUGUUGCCACUGACAUCGAAGCCACCUGCAGCCCAUGCGGCAUGUGCAGGCAGUUUAUCCGAGAGUUUGUGGAUCUGGAGACCCCCAUUCUCAUGUUCAACAAGGAUGGCAAGUACGUCGUCAUGAGACUACAGCAGCUUCUGCCGCUCUCAUUCGGCCCUGAGACUCUCCCGCCUCCGGACGUGCUGGAGAGAAGCCGGGCUGGCGGAGCUUAG